AAAAUCAUCUUAUUUUACGUGAUAAUUACAUCGAAGAAAGUUUUUAAAAAAUUUUAUCAGUGGGGAGAACUGAGUUGUCAUUGACAUUGUAGAAAACUUGAUAUGAAAUUUUUUACACAUUGCCUAGCACGUUACAACCACAACAAACAUUAUCGAUUAUUUUAUUAUAACUUAUUCAUGAUAAAAAAUGGUGUAUUAAAAACAAACUAGUCUAAAAUUAAUAAAUAUUAAAUUUAUCAUCAGGAAAAAAACGUCUAAAUGCACGAAAUUGAAGAGGAUCUUACUGAGAAAAAAUUAAAAAUCGUACUUGUUGGUGAUUCUGGUGUUGGCAAGACAAGUAUUGCAUUAAAAUUUUGUAAUGAUGAAUUUAGUCGUCAAUAUAAUCCAACUUCUGGAUUGGAUUUUUUGAAAAAAAAUUUAAGUCUUGGACCAUAUAAAAAUGUUACUCUUCAUAUAUGGGAUGUUGGUGGACUUGCACUUCAUGGAACAAUGCUCGAUAAGUAUAUUUACAAAGCAGAGCUAAUAAUGUUAAUUUAUGAUGUGACAAAUAGUUCAAGUUUUGAUGUAUUAGAACAAUGGCUUGAUACAAUAGAAAAUAUUAUUAAUAAUGAAAAUUAUAAUGAAAAUAAAAAACCAUUAAUGGUUAUUGUUGGUAAUAAAUGUGAUAUGGAACAUCAAAGAUCAGUUAAACGUGAAAAAUCACAUCGUUUAGCAGCUGAAAAAAAUUUAAUUUAUAAUGAUAUGUCAGCAAGAACUGGAGAAUCAGUAUCAUUAUGUAUUGCAAAUUUAGCAGCCAAAGUAUUAGGUGUACAAUUAACACAAAUGGAUCAAGAUUUUUGUAAGCCAAUUGUAACUGCUGAAAUUGGUGAUUCUGUUGAUAUGAUGUCUGUUCAAAGACCAAUUAAACGACAACCAAAUAAAAAAACAUGUCCAAAUGAUUAUCCAAUCAUUACAACAUUACCAAAAUCAUCAGCAGUUUGUAUAUUGCAAUAAAAAAAAUAUUUCCUUUUGUUUUUUACUUGAAAUUUUGAUUAAUAAAUUAUACAGCUUUUUGGGCAAUAAAAACAAGGUAAAUUAUGCAUUAUCAUCAUUUCAAAUACCAAAAAUAAAUCAUUAAACUUGUCAUAUUAUUAUAAACAUGAUUUAUUAACAGGAAAUAAAGUAUUGCAAUUGUUCAUUCAACUGUCAACCAUCUUUUUUAUUUUUUAUAAAAUUAUAGGUAUGCGAUAAAUAACUAGGAUGGGAUGAUUUUUAUUUUCUUUUUUUUUUUUUGCCUAUACAAAUUGGCGUAUCUAUUAAUUAAUUUGU